AUGUCCCACCAGACUCUAGACGCGACAGAGCACCCCUCCGCAUCCGCCACGCUCUUCAGAGCCAAGAAUGCCCGCCAGAUCAGCUUCGAGAAAAUAGGCGAGCACCUGGGCCGCAGUGAAGUAGCUGCCGCUGCUAUUUUCUACGGUCAGGCCAAGGCGUCGAAGGAGGAUAUCGAGAAGCUGGCCAGUCUCCUUGGGAUUCCCCAGCAGCCUCUGGAGGACCAGCUCGGCGGUUUCCCGGAUCGUGGACGCUCUGUGGAAAUGCCCCCCAAGGAGCCGCUUAUCUACCGACUGUAUGAGAUUGUGCAGAACUAUGGCUAUGCUUACAAGGCGGUUCUCAAUGAGAAGUUCGGGGAUGGGAUCAUGAGUGCUAUUGCAUUUUCGACGAAGGUUGAGAAGGAGACGGAUGCGCAGGGUAAUGACUGGGCUGUUAUUACCUUGCGUGGAAAAUGGUUGCCUUUCUCUCGAUUCUAG